ACAUAUUCCAAUGUGAAUUAAAUCAGCAUCAAGUGUUCAUCAUGCUGUCGAGCAUACGGGAUUUCUUUAAACGUCAUCAGCGUAAAUUUCUAAUUGGAAGUGCCAUUUUUGGUGGUAUUAUCCUUGCAACACGUUAUACCCGUUACAAGAUUCGUGAAUGGCAACAAAAAGAGAUAAGAGUAAUACUGGAAAGAGCAAAGAAACAACAGCAUUUUGAGCAAUUGGAGAAAACAUGUAAUCAGAUGACAACGAGUCUUGCAUUAAACAUAAGGAAUACUAUAAUCAAGGAACUCGAUGGGCAGACUAUUAUAAAUCAACUUAAACAUGGCUCUGCAGAUAAAAUAGCAUUGUGGAAUGAACUAAAAGUUGUAUCUAUUUCACGGUCGGCUGUAAUAAUUUAUGCUUACACAAUGCUAGUUACAUUUCUUAAAAUUCAAAUCAAUUUAAUCAGCGGAUAUAUGUACUUAAAUCAAACUAUGGACAACAUUGAGGAUUACGAUAUACGAUCAAAAUACUUGCAACUUUCUGCGUAUUUUAUAUACGAAGGUGUUCAAAAAUUGUGCCACCUUGUGAAAAGUAAAGUUGAACAAGUCACAACUUCAAUAUCCUUGAGCGAUAAAUUAACAUUAAGAGAAUUAGAACAAAUUUAUUGGGCAAUCACAUCAUCUAUAUUUGCUGACAACUUAAAUGAUCCUAUCAAGAAUAUUACAAGUUACACAGUAUCUCAACAAGCUAAUAAAGAUAAAGAGACGCCCGUGUAUACAAAAAUAAUUGAUCAGACGCUAGAUUUAUUAGAGAGCGACGAAGUCCAAAAUUUAACGCAAAGAAAUAUCCGGAGUGGAUUUGUAUCAUUGAUGGAUCACAUAUCUGAAUACUUUGGUGAUGUUCCCAAAACCAGAAAUGGAUUAUCUUAUCCAGGACCAUCAAAUCAAGCCAACAUGGACUCGACAUGGAUAAAUCCAACUGAAGCAAUAAAUAAUGGAACAAGCGAACUUUUAGAUAUUAAUAAAACCACCAUACCUAUGGCCAAAAUUAUUCCAAUUGUAAUUGGACAAAUUCCAGAUAAACCAACAUCAAAAGACGCAUCAACAGAUUGGCUUCAGUGUCUCAUGUCAAAUGAUGAAAUCAAAAUGCUUGGAGCAAAUAUUUACGAGGCAUUCAGUUAUAAAACUUACACUUAAGUUGCGACAAAUUUAAUAAUUAUUUUGAAAUUACAUAAUAGAGUAUAGCAGCACGUUUUUAGAAUAUAUGUAGAUAUAUAAUGAACGAUAUAUAAUUUACAAUCAGGGAAGGUAAUAAUUUGUGUGAAUAAAAUAUUCCCAUUCAAAGUUUAAUUUCGUAGAAAAAAUUGAAGAUUAAAAAAUAAAUUUACUCAGUUUGAAUCAUA